UCAACAGCCACGGUUCCAGUGGCAGAAGGAAGCGAGGCAGGGUUUCUUCAGCGGUCCUUUCACUCUGCUCGCUCGCUCGCUCGCUCGCUGUCGCCUCAGGCAUUUUCUCCCCCCUCCCCUUUCUCCCUUCACUCCCCACCUCUGGGGUAUUCAUUUCUCUCGGCUUUUGCCCCCCUGGAAACUGCCACCCUGAAGUUUCUGGUGGUACUACUGGCCGCAGGGAUGCUCGCCUUUCUUGGUGCAAUUAUUUGCAUCAUCGCGAGCGUCUACCCUGCGGCCAGCCACAGCGGAGCUCUCCAAGGGGCUGACAAUGGCUCCAACGCCGCGGCCUCUGCGCUGUUGCCCGCCUCCGGUUCCGACAAGACGCUGGGAGCUCUCCACGGGGCUGGCGAAAGCAGCUACGGCAGCUUCUCGACAGGCUCCCAGGACUCUGUGCUAGACCUCCUGGCCAGCGCCCGGCCGCAGCAGCACCAGCAGCUCUUCAGCCGCUUCCUGUGCACCCCGCUGACAGUCGAGUGCCCCGCGGAAGGGAGCCCGCAAGGGGACAGCCCCGGGGCGGCGGCGGCGGCUAGCGAGGAGCUGUUCUUUCUCCAAAGCACAGCCGAGCAGCUAAGGCAGACGGCGCAGCAGCAGAAGGAGCAGAUCCGCACCGAUCAGGAGACUAUCCGGGAGCUGACCACCAAGCUGAGCCAGUGUGAGAAUGGGCUGGAACUUAGUUUCCAGGAUAGCCCCUCGGUCUGGGGCAUCCCCAGGCAAGAUGCCAUGUCCAUGGAUGACCUGUCGUGGGACUCGCCUGCCAUGAUCCAGGAACUGGAGGAAGCUGUUAGGUCGCUGAAAGACAGGAUUGACAAGAUCGAGCAGGAUAUUCCCACUCCAACGAAUGCUUCUUCUACUUCUGCCCCUAUGCCAGCCCAAGAGACAAUCCACACCAAGAUGGAGCAACUGGAAGGACAGAUCCUCUCUAAGCUUUUAGCCCUGGAGAAAGAACGCACCUCCAUCACCAGCAGCCACAAUCUACAGCAACAAAAUGUUGAAAAGGAGCUGGAUGCUCUACAUAACCGGGUCUCUGAGCUCGAGCAUGAAACAAUGGUCUUCAAUCCUCCAGAAGCCUUUAAAGUCUCCAUCCCUGUACGAAACAACUACAUGUAUGCUCGGAUGAAGAAAAGCUUGCCUGAACUGUACGCCUUCACUAUCAGCAUGUGGCUAAAAGCUAAGAAUCCAGCAGAAGUGGGCACCCCUUUCUCCUACUCUGUUCCUGGGCAAGCCAACGAGCUUGUAUUGAUAGUAUGGGGAAACAAUCCCAUGGAGCUUAUAAUUAAUGACAAGGUGGCUCAUCUACCCAUGACUUUAAAGGAUGGGACAUGGCACCACAUCUGCAUUACCUGGAUCACUCGGGAUGGUAUAUGGUCAGUGUAUCAAGAUGGAGUGGAGCGUGGAGCCAAUGAAAACCUAGCAUCUUGGCAUUCAAUUAAACCUCAUGGGGUGAUGAUCUUGGGCCAGGAACAGGAUACCUUGGGUGGAAGAUUUGAUGCUACUCAGGCCUUCGUUGGGGAAAUUUCUCAGUUCAACAUGUGGGAUCAUGUCCUGAUGCCAGCAGAGAUUGUGGGUCUGGCCAACUGCACCAGCCAACUACAAGGCAACAUAAUUCAGUGGGAUGAGAAGUUGGUUGAAGUCCAUGGAGGGGCAGCCAAGUUAAGCUUUGAGGUCUGUGAGGGAAAAAUGAAGGCAUGAAGGUCCUUUGUUCCUGCCAAAAGAAAGGAGCAUGCAAGCCACUUUUACUUCUUUCAAUCUGCUUUGGGAAAGUAGUAGCAAGAGGUCCUUUCCCCCAUCCAGCAACCUCUUACAGUUGGCCUGGAGUGGGGGAAGAAAUUGUGUGUGUGUGUAUGAGUGUGUGUGUGUGUGUAUUUGAGAGAGAGAGAGAGAGAGAUCACAUGUAUGCAAGGAGCAAAGAAGCCUUCUGAACUUAAAAAUGAAAUUGUGACACUGUAUUUUUCAUUGUUUCUGUAAAACUCUUUUUAUUCAUUCUGUGAGUGACAGGACCUUCCACUAAGGAAGGUAAAGUGGUUGGAAGGUAGCUAUCUCUGAACAGCAGUAUGAGAAGAUAAAAACUGUAUCAGUGAGUAGGAAAUUGUUGGUAGAACUAGCAUCUCCAACACUUCCAAUCUGUCCCAUUGCUGAUACUUUCAGUGAUGCAACUUGAAUGCUGUUGAUUGGGCUUGUAAAAGCAUUAAAACCUGUACUGUGUUGACAUUUGCCCACUAUAAGCCACUGACAGUCUAUAAUACAUGAUCUAAUAUUAUUCUAGUAUCUGCAUGCCUUCAUCAGGGAUGUCCAACUGUUUUAUCUUUCCUUUAGCUUUAGUUCAUAGUCUUCCCUUGUAAGGUAAACCAUUGUCUCUAGGAAAAAAGUGCCAGUGGUUUCCUUAGCUACACAAAGGCCUAAGCUUGAAGUUCAGAUUUUUUAAACCCCAGAUGUAAUUUCCCUAACCAGUUACUUAAAUUGCUGUAUUGCUCUGCCAAUCUUUUUGUUUUUCUAGAGCAUAUAGUUUCAAACUCUUUUUUUAUACUUCUAUUAUAAGCCAUAUGUCAGAUUUUAAAAACGGCACGUUCUAAGUGGUAGGCACAGAAUAUAAGCAUUAUUGGUCAACCCUUUUUCUACCCUAGUUUUCCUUUUCAUUGCCACCUUUUCCUCCUAAGGGCUGACUCUCACAAGCUUGGCUCACUUUGCUUAUCAUCAUCACUCAGUGAUUUGAAGCUGAUUGUGUGAAUUGUGUCCAUUAAAAAGCAUUGUGUCUGAA